CCGAUAUUUCUUUCUCGUUUUCCAGCUUCACGAGCCAGUUUGAACCGUGCCAACCGGAAACGGGCACUCUCAGCAUCCCCUUACUCCGAAAUUGAUCUCAGUACAUUGAUUCGAUAUUCACCCUCAGCCUCAUUGCAAUUGCUCAAUGCUGCGGCCAGUGGGGCAGCAGCUGCGGCUGCGGCUGCGGGCGGAAGCCCCGUGCAAUAAGUCCCGCUUUGGGACUGCCUAGCUCUGCGGCGGCCGCUAUUCAUCUCCAGCAGCUGCAGGCCCACCUCAUCCGAAGUGCGAGUAGUUCUCCAUUCCUGUCACCACAAAAUUCCCUCCAGAACUCGCUUCUUCACUCGACAACCUUGAACCCGGCGGUGUCAUCGGCUGCCGGGACCUUGCCCCCACCUCCCUAUUUCCCAUUUUUCGGCAACGGGCCCCCAGGAGCCACAACCCUGACGACAAAUUCCUCCGAGAAGGGUGAUAAAGAUAAGGGCAGUGGCAAUACCCAACUAGAACCCUCAUCCAAUGUCGUAUCGAGCACAAUGGAAGAUGAGGACAGCAAAGACUCGUCGCCCAAAGCUGCUAUUAAGCGUGAAUACGGGUCCAUCUCAUCGACUGACUACAGCUCAAGCCACAAAGAAGCCGCUUUAGCUGGAGCCGUGGCUGGCAUGAGAAAUGUGGCUUUGGAUCACGCUUCUUCCGGCCUUUAUUCGCCGGGAUCAAAGUCAGGCGAAAAAUCCGACGACUUGGGUGGAGUCAAUAUCAAGGAAGAGCCCGACUUCUUUGAAACCCAUUGCCAUUGGGUCGGGUGUGAUCGAGAAUUUGGCACACAGGAUGCCCUAGUUAAGCAUCUCAACAAUGACCAUAUUGCCGCCAAUAAGAAGUCCUUUGUGUGCUUCUGGAAAGACUGCUCACGCGAGGAAAAACCUUUCAAAGCUCAAUACAUGCUGGUUGUCCACAUGCGACGACACACAGGAGAAAAACCUCACAAAUGCACCUUUGAGAAUUGUAGCAAGGCUUACUCGCGCCUGGAGAACCUGAAAACCCAUCUAAGAUCUCAUACUGGAGAGAAACCAUACACAUGUGAAUUCCCUGGUUGUACAAAGGCAUUCUCUAAUGCAUCGGAUCGGGCCAAACAUCAAAACAGAACCCAUUCCAAUGAGAAGCCGUAUGCUUGCAAAGCACCUGGAUGUACAAAGCGUUACACAGAUCCCUCGUCUCUGAGGAAACACGUGAAGACCGUGCAUGGAGCGGAUUUCUACGCCUCCAAACGUCACAAGGGUAAUCAUUAUGACGACAGGUCCAAUAAUGGUCAUGACGAUGCCUCCUCGCUGUGCCAACCCAACACGCCCAAGACGCCGCAUAGUGUGUCCACCAUCAAAUCCGAGAUUGAUAACUCCCCUGCUGGCACGAGCUCCAGUGGCGCACCAUUCUCACCCAUGGAUGGAACUGGAGCCUCCAACAGUGCUGGUAGUGGUAACCAAGCCUCUGCAGCCCUGAAUCAUCAGUUUAUGGGAAUGGAGAGAGUCCAACCAUUGAGUGACAAUAAUAUAAGUACCACCAAUGACUGCCUGACCUUCUGCGACCUGGACGAACCAGAGGAUCUGAAUAUGGCAGUGGCCGCCGCAAUUGGCGUUGGAGCUGACGAUUCGAGCCUCGGUGGAAGUUCGGCCGGUAACAGUGCUAUUGGCUUGGCCAAUCGUCUCAACAACAAACUCAAGUUGGCCCGGAACUCUUCAGUCAAUGCUCUUGGAGAGAUCAAUCGAAGCAUUGAAAAAAUGUCGAUCACGGGUUGCAACUCAGGCGGAGGCAAUUCCAGCUGUGUGGGUGGUACUAGCAAUAUGACGUCAAACAACAAGGUGCUAUCGUCCCACACCAACUUGACAAAUUACUCCAAACAAGGAUCGGUAAGGCGAGACAGUGGCUGGACUAGCAGCACCGAGGGCUAUGGAAGCAUGAGGUCCUCUGAUCAAUCGAUGAUGAGUCGUCGCUGCAGUGAAGUGUCUGGCAUGUCCCAAGGGUCAAACUUCUCCACCCAAGCCAUGAGGCACUCGCCGUGGGAUCCCAAUGGAUCCGUCUGCAGCUCCAGGAGAUCCAGUGCGACGGGUCAUGAUGGCAAUGCUGGAUUGGCCCAUCGCCUCACUCGGCUUCAUCAGAAAGCGGAGGCCAUCCAGAGUCCCGUGCCGGGAGCUCAUGGGAUGAUGUCCAUUGAUGGGCGCCAAUCCGUCAUGUCGGACUGUAGUCUUCCACCCAAUGGGAUGCCUGUGAAUCAUCAAGUGGACCCCAACAGUGGAUCUAUUCGAAGAGCUUCAGAUCCUGUCAGGACCUUGGAUCGAAACUUUGGGGUCGGUGGACAGCUCUCACGUCACCGUAGCUACACACAAUUGAAUCAAAGCCAACAGCAGCGGGUGCCUCUUCAUGGGCACCAAGUGCGCACCACUGUGAAUCAAGGAGGCCAAGGAUUCCACCCAUCCAUGCAACAGGGAAUGAAUCAGCAGGCUGGAGUUGGGGUACCUCUGGCAGCUCAACCACCACUACCACCAUCAUCACAUGGACUUGUUGGAGGUAGCGGCGCUCAAAAUCUUACACCAAUUGGCGGCAAUUUCCCUGGUCAACAACAGCAACAAGCUUCUAGCUUGGUGGCAGGUCAAAAUGGCAACAACCAUUUCCAAUCGUUUUCCAACUCAGCCCCAAGUGGCAUGCAACAAGCUUCAUCAAGUGGUCUUGUUGCUGCUGGAGGUGGUGGUGCUAGUAGUGGUGCUAGUGGUGGUACUCCAGGUUGUGAGCAAGCACCACCACCCAAUUACCCAGGCACUCAGGCCACAGGAGGAGUCGCGGCUUCUCGCCCCAUUGGAGGAGCCACGGUUGGUCCUGGAGGAGCCUCUUCAGCGUCUUCCAACGUCGCCGCUGGAGUAAACAACGGAAUGUGGCCAUUACAAAACGGAGCAUCAACAACUUUAUACGGGAAUAGGGCAGGCCAUAACGGGUUUAACAAUACCUUCCAGCAGCCAGCGGCACCACCGCCACUUCAACAGCAUCAUUGCUACAAUAAUGUUCAACAGAGUUACCAGCAACAACAACUUCAUCAUCCACAGCAACAACAACAACAACUACAACAACAACAAUGGCUUCAAGCUCAUCAACAAGGCUGGAAUGGGUCUUGGCAGAAUAAUUUGCAAAAUAUCAAGAUGGCUGAUCCGUACCAACGGACUGUUGAUUAUGUUCAACAGUGCCAAAGUUGGAACGGUGGCAACGGCCAAUAGUGAAGCUGUCCAAGAUUUCCCUGAAGUCCAAGGCUGACUUGAAAUGCAAUGCCCUUGGCGUCAAUAUCUUUCCUAGCACCAACCCAUUCUGUGAUCUACAGGGGAUCUUUACCUGACAUUGAAAAAUGUUCGUGAUAAAGACGAUCUCAUCCUGCCAUGGUUCUCUUUUUGGCUUACUCAAAAGCCAGUCUCGUUUAGUUGUUACCUUUGUUAUGAAGCAAAGCGCUCAGUAUUAUUACAAAUGCCUUAAUAUGACUUGACUGUCUACUCAUCGACAGUUCAGAUUGACUUGAUCUUACACCAAAAUAUAUUGUGCCUUAGAAACAAAACUUGCCGCCUCCUCUU